AUAAACAACCACAGAACCACAAGUUGGGUAGCCUGGCAGUGUCAGAAGUCUGAGCCCGGCAUAGUGGUCAGCAGGCAGGACGAAUCACACUGAAUGCAAACCACAGGGUUUCGCAGAGUGGUAAAAGAAAUCAUUGAGUCCCCCGCCUUCAGAAGAGGGUGCCUUUUCAGGAGGAAGCGAUGGCUUCAGACAGCAUAUUUGAGUCAUUUCCUUCAUACCCACAGUGCUUCAUGAGAGAAUAUGUACUUGGAAUGAACCCUUCUAGAGACGUUCACGAUGCCAGCACGAGCCGCCGCUUCACGCCGCCGUCCACCGCGCUGAGCCCUGGCAAGAUGAGCGAGGCGCUGCCGCUGGGCGCCCCGGACCCCGGCGCCGCCCUGGCCGGCAAGCUGAGGAGCGGCGACCGCAGCAUGGUGGAGGUGCUGGCCGACCACCCCGGCGAGCUGGUGCGCACCGACAGCCCCAACUUCCUCUGCUCCGUGCUGCCUACGCACUGGCGCUGCAACAAGACCCUGCCCAUAGCUUUCAAGGUGGUGGCACUAGGGGACGUUCCUGAUGGCACUCUGGUCACCGUGAUGGCAGGCAAUGAUGAAAAUUAUUCCGCCGAGCUGAGAAAUGCUACUGCGGCCAUGAAGAACCAAGUCGCAAGAUUUAAUGACCUCAGGUUUGUCGGUAGAAGUGGAAGAGGGAAAAGCUUCACUCUGACCAUCACCGUCUUCACGAACCCUCCCCAAGUCGCCACCUACCACAGAGCCAUCAAAAUUACAGUGGAUGGACCCCGAGAACCUCGAAGACAUCGGCAGAAACUAGAUGAUCAGACCAAGCCUGGGAGCUUGUCCUUUUCUGAGCGGCUCAGUGAACUGGAGCAGCUGCGGCGCACAGCAGCCAUGAGGGCCAGCCCACACCACCCAGCCCCCACGCCCAACCCUCGCGCCUCCCUGAGCCACUCCACUGCCUUUAACCCUCAGCCUCAGAGUCAGAUGCAGGAUACAAGGCAGAUCCAGCCGUCCCCACCAUGGUCCUACGAUCAGUCCUACCAGUACCUGGGAUCGAUCGCCUCUCCUUCUGUGCACCCAGCAACGCCCAUCUCACCUGGGCGUGCCAGUGGCAUGACAACCCUCUCUGCAGAACUUUCCAGUCGACUCUCAACCGCGCCUGACCUGACAGCCUUCGGCGACCCGCGCCAGUUCCCCGCGCUGCCCUCCAUCUCAGACCCUCGCAUGCACUACCCCGGCGCCUUCACCUACUCCCCGACGCCCGUCACCUCGGCCAUCGGCAUCGGCAUGUCGGCCAUGAGCUCAGCCACGCGCUACCACACGUACCUGCCGCCGCCCUACCCCGGCUCGUCGCAGGCGCAGGGCGGCCCCUUCCAGGCCAGCUCGCCCUACCUGUACUACGGCGCCUCGGCCGGCUCCUACCAGUUCUCCAUGGUGGGCGGCGAGCGCUCGCCGCCGCGCAUCCUGCCGCCCUGCACCAACGCCUCCACGGGCUCGGCGCUGCUCAACCCCAGCCUGCCGACGCAGAGCGACGUGGUGGAGGCCGAGGGCAGCCACAGCAACUCCCCCACCAACAUGGCGCCCUCCGCGCGCCUCGAGGAGGCCGUGUGGCGGCCGUACUGAGCGGGCCUCGCGGCCCGGCCGCUGGACGUCGUCAGGAGCCUCCUACGGCCGGGCCGGCU